AUGUCUCCCACAAAUCUAUUGUUAAUCGGCAUAUUGGCAAUUCUCUUGCCAAUAGUCCAUAAUUAUGACACCAAAUAUACCAAAGCAGCAGUUCCAUUAUGGAAACAAAGGGCUUGUGAAAAGGCCCAAAAGCAAAAAGCCAAUUCUCAUUAUAUCUGUGAUGAUAAGGGCGAUGUUAAAUGCCUGCCAGGAUGGCAGGGCGAUUUAUGUCAAGUGCCGAUGUGUCGCAAAGGUUGUGAUCCCAUGAACGGCUAUUGUCAACGUCCGGGCGAGUGCCGUUGCCGCAUUGGCUACACUGGAGAAUUAUGCGAUAAAUGCAUUCCAUUGCCCGGCUGUCAGCACGGUGACUGCACCAAACCAUUCGAAUGCAUUUGUCGUCCUGGCUGGGAUGGACUCUUCUGUACUGAACCCUCAUGCCGUGAGGGUUGCCACAAUACACGCGGCUAUUGUGAAGCACCGAACGAAUGUCGGUGUCGCAUUGGCUGGGCCGGGCGUAAUUGCAGUGAUUGUGCCGUGUUGCCUGGCUGUCAGCAUGGUACUUGCAACAAGCCGCUGGAGUGCAAUUGUCUGCCGGGAUAUACGGGUCUGUUGUGUCAAUUGCCCAUUUGUGCUGCGGACUGCCAUAAACAACAUGGUUAUUGCAAGAAGCCAGGAGAGUGUCGUUGCAAAGUUGGCUGGACUGGUCCCAAAUGUGAUCAAUGCUUCCCCUAUCCGGGCUGUGUGAAUGGUGAUUGUGAAAAGCCCUGGGAAUGCAACUGUAAGCCAGGUUGGGGUGGUAUCCUGUGUGAUGAGGCCCUCACCUAUUGCAAAGAAAAUCCGAAUAUCUGUGAAAAUGGUGGCAAAUGUAUUUCCCUGACCAAGGAGGAUGGCAGCUAUCACUGCCAGUGUCGUCAGGGUUAUUUGGGUAAAAAUUGUGAAAUUGUGGAUGAAUUUAUGAUAACCUCUACGACGGCGCCCAGAAUUACCCCACCACCAUUGCCAGGAGAUGAUGAUGAUAUAUCUGAAAAUCUGAUAAAACGCACCAAUACAACUCAAAAUCUGGCAGCAGCAACAACAGCCACUACCACUAAGGCACCCUUUACAAAUCCGAAUUCCAACAAUGGAAGCCUAGUGAAUGCCUCGGAGAAAAUUGACAAAUUCGCAACUAAAACAAAACCGAUUUUGACAACAGUUCGUCCCAUGACUCUAGGCUCCAGUACCACAACCACUGAAAGAAAUCUCAAAUUUCCCUAUAAAUUUGAAAAUCUGAAAAAUAUUUCCGGCUCCGAUAUUAUUGGUACAGCAACCACAAAUGUGUUGGUUCCCAAUAGGGAUUUGACGAAGGAUUCGUUAAAAGUGAAUAAAAAUAUUAACAAUAAAAUACCAAGUUCGAGUACGAUGUCCCCUCUAAGCCGACUGGAGGAGGAACAACAUCAGCCGACAUUUGUCAGCGGGAGCAGCAGCAACAAGGGGACAGCUGUGAAAGUCGGUGCCACACAGCCAUCAAAAGUUGAAGAAGUGUCGCAGCAGGAGGAGGAAGAGGAGGAUGAAGAAUGCACGGAAGAUGAUAACGAUGAAGACUGUGAAUAUGAAGAUGAUGAGGAAGAGGAGACGGAUGAUGAGGAGGAGGAUGAUAAAUAA